AUGGCCACUGGCCAACAUUGCGGCGCAAUGAUUCUGUACUUUAUUUCCGCAAUACUCGAUGCAUUUGAUGGCAUGACUGCACGUUAUUUCAACCAAUGCUCACAGUUUGGUGCUGCCCUGGAUAUGGUGACAGACCGGUCUGCGACAAUGAUGCUGCUUUGCGCACUUUGCCGUCUCUAUCCCGCAAUGAUGAUGCCCAUCUUCCAGUUUAUUCUUUCGCUGGACCUUUCCUCGCACUAUGUUCAUAUGCUUAGUUCUACCAAGAGCGGCUCGGCAUCGCACAAGACCGUAGCCGAGAAUAGCCCUAUACUCCUGAGAGUAUACUACACUAAAAGGUGGGUUUUAUUUAUCGUCUGCGCUAUGAACGAGCUUUUCCUUGCAUCACUUUAUGUGUGGGCAGUAUAUCCGCAUUCAUGGGUCCCCAAAGUGGCGCUCGCCCUCAGCAGUCCCGUCUUUCUUUUCAAGCAAAUUGUGCACGUCAUCCAGCUAGUAGAGGCGUUCCAAGUUCUUCUGCACUUUGACGUCGCAGAUGCUACCAAAGCAAAUAAAUAA